AGGCACGUGCGAUGCUCGUGCUCCCACCACCUUUCUCUCUCUCAUUUCAGGGUUUAAGGGAAACGCUCUCAUGGCGUCGUUACCGCGCUCCUUAAACCCUAAGUCGUAGUCGCACUCAGGACUCCCCAUUUUGAAGCUUGAAGCAGAAACGAUGGACAAGACCAUUCUCGGAGAUCUGGAUUCCCUCCCUGAAGAAGAUAAGCUCCGGAUGAGCGCCUUCGUCGAUCGGCUCCAAGCGCGCGACAGUUUAAGGUUGUAUAAUUCUUUGGUGGAGAGAUGCUUUAUCGAUUGUGUCGAUUCUUUCUGGCGCAAGUCUCUUGGCAAACAAGAGGAGAGAUGUGUGCUUCACUGUGCUGAAAAAUUCCUCAAGGUAUCAGCACUUGUUGGAAUGAGACUGGCGGACCUCAACCAAGCAGAACAGCAAAUAAAUCCAAGAUGACCCUCGCUGAUAGGAACUGUGUUUAUUGGUUUUUUUUCCUCCUCCAGAGAAGAUCCCCGAGGAAUAAGACAGGCAGUUUUCGUGUUGGGAGGUUGAUGUACCGACAGAUAUUCUUGCAUAAGAGUGUAAAAGAAUAGAGGAACACAAUAAUCUGAUUUCAGAUGGAAAUUCUUACUGUAAAAUGAGGGACGAGAAAUUAGAUUGAAAGGGUCAUGUUUUGAUGACUCACCUUAACAGGUUGAUCUUUUAAGUAACAGCAUUUCUUCUACGCUUCUUUCCGGACGCA